UCACCCGAGCACCCGUCGCUGGCAGAGUACGACAGGCCAGAGCACGCGGUCAUCUCCACAUUCGACCUCUUCAGCAUCGGCGUCGGACCAAGCAGCUCUCACACCGUAGGACCCAUGCGAGCGGGAAAGAUCUUCAUCAAUGAUCUGCUCGAGCUCGAUUUGCUUCACAAGGUCAAGACAGUCAAGAUUGUUCUAUACGGAUCGCUCGCGGCGACAGGGAAAGGGCAUCAUACACCGCAGGCGAUCCUCCUGGGACUCGAAGGCUCAGAUCCGGAGACCAUCGACACCGGCUCGAUUCCCGCGCGCUAUGCCGCCAUUUUGGAAAACAAGACUCUCAUGCUCGGCGGGAAGCACCGCAUCCACUACGACAUGGACAAGGAUAUGCUCUGGCGGUGGGACCAGGUCCUCAAGACGCAUCCGAACGGCAUGCGCUUCUCCUGCUUCGACGAGCAUGGCGACUUGCUCGCGACGAACGAAUACUUUAGCGUGGGAGGCGGCUUCGUGGUCAACGACAAGACGAAGGUCGAUGAGAAUCUGUUCUACAAGGGCGUCGACAAGAGCGUCGUGCACAACGCCCGCCUUCACCAGUCACACAGCCUCGCGGAGCCACCUCAGGAUGGCAAGCCCGCGCCCGAAGACGAGCUGCCCCUAUAUCCCUUCAAGUCGGGUGACAGCCUUCUGGCGUUGACGAGGAAGCACAACAUGACGAUUGCUCAGAUCGUAUUUGAUAAUGAGCGCUCGUUUGGGCUCUCCGAUGAGGAAAUUCACAGCAAGCUAAUGCGCAUUUGGGGUGUCAUGGACAAUUGCAUUCGCACCGGCGUGCACUCGACGGAGACGACGCUCCCCGGACGACUGGGAUUGCGGAGGAGGGCUCCGAUGCUCUACAGACGCCUCAUGCGAGGGUUUUAUCCAGGUCUUUCGAUACCGCAUUUUCCCGCUAUCGAGGGCGGGGCGAUGCCCGUGGGGUCCAUAGAUGCGCCUGAUGCCUUGAACACGCAACCGCCGAGUACGGGCGCUGAAAAGAGGGUGUUGGAGCGGAAACAGGCGCGGGCAACCAGGGUUGUCGGGCAGCUCGACCAUCCGGUGUUGCCUGAGCCGCCCCGCAAGACAAUGAUCCCGGCAAUGGAUUUCCUGUCAUGCUACGCGAUCGCUGUUAACGAGGUGAAUGCUAGCGGCGGGCGGAUUGUCACGUCGCCCACCAAUGGGGCUGCGGGCGUCAUUCCUGCGGUGUUGAAGUAUAUUGUGGAGUUCGUCAGCGACGACCCGGAAAAAUCGGUCGUUACGUUCUUGCUGACAGCCUCUGCGAUCGGAAUGUUGUUCAAACGAGGCAGUACGAUUUCUGCUGCCGAGGGCGGAUGUCAGGCGGAGGUCGGAGUGGCGUGCUCUAUGGCGAGUGCAGGAUUUGCAGCAUGCAUGGGCGCGUCCCCAGAAACUGUCCUGCAGGCUGCAGAGAUUGGGAUCGAACAUAACCUGGGCUUGACGUGCGACCCUAUCGACGGUCUCGUGCAAGUCCCUUGCAUCGAGCGCAACAGCCUAGGAGCUGUGAAGGCUGUUACCGCGGCGCAGCUCUCGAUGGCGGCGGACGGCGUGUACAGCGUCACGCUGGACGAGGCCAUCGAGGCCAUGCGCCUGACCGCUGCGGACAUGAGUGUGAAGUACAAGGAGACGAGCCUUUCGGGUCUUGCUACCACGGUCAGGAUCCCGCUGACGGUCCCAGCUUGCUGAUUUGCGUUUCACUGACCGAGUAACUGAUACAUACGCGCCGUGGACGAGCGCGACUUUUCUCUCUCUCUGCUGUGGUUGACUGACCGAUGAUGGAUUAGACAUAGAAUUACUUUACGGAAUUUGUCUUGAUAAUAAUCGUGCAGGCUGGUUUGUAGAUCCUCGCGACAUGUGUGGUACAAGGAUAUGUUGAAUCUGAUGUUGUUGUUGUUUUC